AAGAUACUCUGACACCCCUUUUUUCAAACGGGGGGGUCGUCAACCACUUGACCCCCCCCCCUGGAUCCGCGCCUGUUAAGGACUUGUCUAAAAAAAGUAGAUUUAGCAGAGGGAAAACAAAACCAUUUUCAUUCAAGCUUGAAUUUUCACCCUCAACAGUUACAAAAGAGGUUUAUGUUUCUCAAAGUAUUAUUUCUCUGAUUGGGGAAGUUGGUGGUUGGACAGGUUUAUUACUAGGUUACAGCAUUCUGGGAUUAGGAUUUAUGGUCAAAACUAAAUUUAUUCCAAAAAAGAGAAAGCUUGGGUUUAAGAUCUAUGUUUACCUAAUUAUUGGAAUAUCUAGUGCUAUGCUCUACCAGCUCAUUUUCUCAACAAUAAAACUGCAGAAUAACCUUACUGGAAGUACAAUAGAAUACAAGAAAUCAGAACAUAAUCUCAAUAUUUCAAUAUCCAUCUGCAACUCUUUGAAAACAUGGCCUACGUCUGUUACAACAGAACUUAACAGAUCUGGCUCAAUAUCUUAUAAAGAUAAACAGACAAACCAAUGGCUACGGUAUCAAGAUACUGACAUUUCAGAUGUUUUUACUUGGCAGGAAGAUAUACAAUCAUAUUACACGUGUAAAUCAACCAGCUUUAAAGGAGAGGAAUUAAAGAUUAUUCAUAAUCUUGAUCCAUAUUUGGGCGAUGCAAUAUUUGUACAUGAUAUUAACUUUAUCACUGGUGGUACAUCUUUGCAACUGAAGAGAACUAUGUUAACUGAGAACAAAAUUCUUCUAUUGAAAGCUCAAGCAUUUCAGAGCAUUGAAGAAGAAAAUGUUUGCUCUAACUCUAUAGAUUUUGGUUCAUGUAGAGAUGAUUAUAUAGCUUAUGAAUUCAACAAAACCCAUGGAUGCCUCUUCAUUAACAUGAAGAAUUCUGGAGAAAAGUACAAAGAAUGUGAACUUCCAGAAAAGUUCCCUGCUCCAUCUGUAUCAAAUGGAGGAGAAGAAAAUAGAAAUGUGGGAACAAAUGGAGGACAAGAAAACAGCGAUGAAUUUCUACCAUUUUGGGAACCAACGAUGGAACCAUCAGGAAAAAGUGGUGAUUUGACGUUUAAAGAAACAGUAUUUACUGUUAAAUUUGUUUUCUUCUGA